GAAUUGCUCACCUGACAUAUUUUUUAUAGUCUUAAAAACGUACUUGAGCUCCGACUUUCUGUUUUCUGAAUUUUAUUCCUCAAUCUUUAGACACUUUCAAAUCUUUCAUACUGUCACAAUUUUAACAACUCCGACACUAUGUCGUGUACAAGAAUGCUCCAAAACGGGCUGGCCCCAUUGCUUGCCUCAAAAAUGCUAAGAAGCUCUUCAAUCAAUGCAGACUUGAAAACCAAGCCAACAAUUUCCUCCAUUCAAAAAAAUAGUUGCACCAAGAGAACUGCUUUUUCAUUUUCGCAUAUUGGUACCAACACAAGAGCCAAAAGGGGUUUGGCUUUGAAGUUAUCUCACCAAACCUUUGAUGAAUUAACUGCGAAACUGCCAACGACAACUAUCAGCAAUUACACUAUUGUCUCGUUGGAUUUCAAUAUGAGACCCCCAAUACCACUCAACAAGAUUCUUGAGCCAGUUGAUGGAGCAACAAUGACAUCAUCAUUAAUUAAGUCCAUUUCAGAGGAUGAGACACUUGAAGCCAGCCCCGAACAGUCAUGCACACACAGCCUAGAACUGAUUGGAUAUCACUGCCCAUCUCGCGAUCAAGAGAAGUUAAUGUUGGAGUUUUCAGCAGAAAAGGGAUUUUCUUCUGAAGAUGGAUGCCGCUUCCGAAAAUUUCCAGAACUCCCCCCCGAAGUCCAAUGUAUGAUAUGGGAUUUCUCUAUGGAAGAAGAUCGCAUCAUUGAAGUCCAUAUCACAAAGCGUUGCGCAAAUUGGAUGAUCGUUUAUGCGUCUACUGAUGCUAAAAAUCCAGCAAUUCUUAGCGUCUGCCAAGUGUCUAGAGAACGAGGAUUGAAACGUUACAAAGCAUUGUCCGUUGCCAAUUCCUGGAAACGAGACAAGAAGAUGUAUGACGAUAGGCAAGCUCUUCUGGGGCUUCCGUUAGACUUUGUUGGUCCUGAAGCUGCAACAACAAACUUCAGGUGCUACAUCAACUUCGACCGAGACACCGUUUUCAUCAAUUCCAGUCAUUUUCGUAUCUACAGCGAUGCUUUGGAGGCUGGUAACAACACUUGGCGCGAAGAUUUUGGCUACCAAUUUUUGAAGGACCUCUUUUUCUCCACAGCCGGCGAUCGAAUCCAGAAGCUUGCCGUGGACUACUUGCUUGCAGAGAAGUGGUUCAAUAGUGAUCGCAACAAUUGGCAAUACUGCCAAGUUUUGGCGGCAAUGCCCAGACUACAGCGACUCGCCAUUGUCUGGACUGGACAUCACCAUUUUCAGCGUGUAAUCCAAAAUGAAUGCUGCCGCACGAGACAAAUCGAGAUUCUGACCGAUGAAGCAUUAUCUGAUGAGGUGCGCUACAAUGCCAAAUUUCCUAGCGAUCAUCACCAUCGUGUACGCAAAUUUCAUAAGAUGAAAGGUCUGGGGCCAUAUCUUGGAGAGGGAUGGGUUAGCGAUCGAUUUGCUUCGGGCGAAACCUCCAUCACUUGGAAAAGCAACAUCGUUACCGCAAUCCAAGUGAAUCGACCGGUAAACCCGGCCAAUUAUCCACCCAACUCAUUCCACUUUACUGCAGGAGGAAGUUCCAGAUACCAAGAUCUGAGUGAACUGGAGUUUACUGAAGUCGCCGUCGAGAGAGAAUGUUAGGUGUAAGCAUGGUGAUUUUUCUUUUCAAAGCAACCGGAUGGAGUUAAUAGUAAUGGGUUGAGGUGUUCAAGAUGACCGAUGUUGAUCAUUGGUGUAAUCAAGGAUUGGGUUUCCCGGUUUCUUUUGCUUGCUGAGUGGAACGAUGCUGGGUUUGAAUGAUGAAGUUGAUUUGAAUGGGCUGGUGUUUUAAUGUACCGUUGAACCGGUCUUUUUGUGGCAUUGAUUUCUGAGUUUGCAUGAAGUAUUUAUUUUUUUCUUUUUCGUCCCUGGAGGAUGGAUAACUUGCGAGGUGCGUCGGUGGGAGAUGGCGAUGUCGAGGGCUGAGAUCCGAGAGUACCUAAUGUUUAAUUUCAUAAGAAUGAUACUGAAAUUGUUUCCGACACCAUGCGAUGAUGCGAAUGUUGAAGAUGUGAAGAGUGAGUGAGUGAGUGAGUGAGUGAGUGAGUGAGUGAGUGAGUGAGUUGUAACUUUGAAAAUUUAUAGUGAUUUGACUUCAAGUUGCUGGACUGUGAGAGAAGAUGGACAUGAUAAGAAUCAUUGUGCACAGACCA